AUGUCUAUGGUAAGAUUGACAUCUCAAUCAAGAUGUUUAAUAAGAUAUGGAUAUGAAAAUGUUAAUGUUACGGUCAUAGCGAAAUUAUUUAAACGAAAGUAUUCUGAAAUUUCUGUGUCUUCAAUUCAAGAUUGUCAAGAUUAUUUAAAUUAUUGCAAAAAUAAUGAGAUUGAUUUGAAUUCAGCUGUAUUUAGGGGUACCCUUUAUGAAUUAUUUUCAUUAAAAGUUUUACAAAAUCAUCUUAAUGGUCGAAAUCUAAUUAAAGUCGGUGGUGCAUAUGAUAAUGGUAUAGAUAUUUUAGGAAAAUGGGAUUUACAAGCUUUUUAUGAUAAAGUAAGUCAAUCUGAAAAGGAUAAAUUAAUUAAAAUCCCAUCAACAAGUCUUUUAAAACAAUCAAAUGUAUUUGACGGCUCAAUUUCUUUGAAAAAUGAUAUAACAAUUCUUGUACAAUGUAAAAAUUCAGUUCAAAAAAUGACAGCUAAAAUAAUAAGAGAGUUAUCUGGUAUUUAUCAUUAUCAUAUAGGUUCUCAAAAGAAUUUGAAAAGAGCUAUUGCAACUCAUUAUCUAUUUUUAGCAAGUCCUACAAGAUUAACUCCUCAAGCUAUUAAGCAAUUAGAUCAAUCACCGAUUCCAAUUAUUCAUAUGAGAUUAGAUCCACUUGUUCUUAACCAAGUAGAUGCUGAUACCGAUAGGUAUCUUCUUCAAAAUUGGAAUGAAGGUGGUAAACUACAUUCAGUAUACUUAAAUAUAAUGGCAAGAAAACUAUUACUGGGGUUUAAACUAGAAUUACAAUUACAAGCAUUAAUACAUCAACAAUCUCUUCUAAAUUAG